AUGGCAAAAUUAAUAACCAGCAAAAGGAGAAUGAUGAUCACUUUCAUUGUAUUGAUCGUCUCAACCGUUCUGUCUAUUUCAUGCUUGGGUAUUGGAGCCUAUUUUGCAAAAUUAUAUUGGGAUUUCAUUCGGGCCUCUCAGAAAAGUAUUGAAAAGCCAUUACUCACAGAAUUAACAACAUGUAACGUCACAAAUAAUGUUGAAAAUUGUAUUAUGGAGAGAUCAAUUACACAAAAUAGUCAAACCUAUGACGUUAGAUAUUGUCAUGCUAUUGUGAAAUAUUCAUUCCAUGAUGAAACAUUCACCAAUGUCACAUUAGAUACAUUCCCAAAAUUCUACAAAUUGAAUACAACUGCUAAUUGGAUUGAACUCAAGAAAGGAGACUUGAAUGGCAUGUUCGACAACGAACUCGUAUAUGUGAAUACUGAAAAACAAUGUUACACAAAUUCUGAAUAUCCAGCUUGGUUUGUUGGUUUUGGAAAGAGAGAUUUAUUUUACUACUAUAAGGAUAUUUCCUCAUUCUUGACAACCUCUUCGAUUGUUGCAGUUGCAACUCUAUUACCAGCCAGCUGUUUGAUUCUUUUUGUGAUUUUACCUCUUAUUGGCUGUUUAGCAUGGCAAUAUAAAAAGUGGAGAGCAAUUCCAAGACAUUUGGUUGGAGAGCAACAUUUCGGACAUGUGGAAAUGUCAAAGGAUGAUGAACAGAGUGAAGAUGAAGAGUAUGACAUUCGAACCAAGAAGAAGAAUAAGGAUUAUUUCUAA